CGCACACUUCCCUCGACACCCUCCCGACCACACCCCGCCUUUCACCCCUUCACCAGCGAAUACUCCCCACAGCAAACAUGGCUGAUUCUCUCACCGAGGAGCAAGUCUCCGAGUUCAAGGAGGCCUUUUCCCUGUUUGACAAGGAUGGCGAUGGUCAGAUCACCACCAAGGAACUGGGCACCGUGAUGCGCUCCCUGGGCCAGAACCCCAGCGAGUCUGAGCUGCAGGACAUGAUCAACGAGGUCGACGCCGACAACAACGGCACCAUCGACUUCCCAGAAUUCCUCACCAUGAUGGCCCGCAAGAUGAAGGACACCGACUCCGAGGAGGAGAUCCGGGAAGCGUUCAAGGUCUUUGACCGCGAUAACAACGGCUUCAUUUCCGCCGCCGAGCUGCGCCACGUAAUGACCUCCAUCGGCGAGAAGCUGACCGACGACGAGGUCGACGAGAUGAUCCGGGAGGCUGACCAGGACGGCGAUGGCCGAAUUGACUACAACGAGUUCGUCCAGCUCAUGAUGCAGAAAUAAGCGUUUGAGGGUUUGCGUUCUUGGAUGAUUAUGGCUAUCAUGACGGUGACGACAGUUGAGAAGUGACUACGAGUACACGGAGCGGGGGUUUUCUUCUUGAAGAACCGGUUCGAUUGCUUGCAACCUUGCCUAUGUCUCUGGGAGACUGGUCUAUAUCCUCAAUCCAUCUC